AAACCUAUGAGAACAAAGUUGAAAACACCCGUUUUCUUCAAUAGACUAAAUCAAACAUUUUUCUUUUUCCCAGUCAAAAAUAAAAACGAAAAGUAAAACCCCUUUCUCCCCUCUAUAGUUUCUCUGGGAAAGCAUCUGCAGACUGCAGGGUCAGAAGGUGUAUGCAGUUCAGGCUCAGCAAUGAGAUAGCAUUGGGGAAAAUUUUUUGAAAAAAAUUUGAAAAAAAAAAAAUGCUUCUGGGCUUCAAUUAAAAAUGACGCCUUUUUACUGGUGUUUGGUAAUCUAGCGGCUAGUAGUUAAUGGUUCUUGAUUCCAUAGGGCUUUGAUCUCUGAGAUGGAAUCAUCCAACGGCUUAGAACGGCCGACCCGAUCGACGGCGGAUACUGGAGGGAAGCAUAGGAUUUCUGCAGAACUGAAGAGGCUAGAGCAAGAAGCUCGUUUACUUGAGGAGGAAAUGGAACAGCUGGACAAAAUGGAAAAGGCCUCGGCUGCUUGCAAAGAAAUGUUGCAUACCGUGGGAACAAAACCAGAUCCACUUCUCCCACAAACUAAUGGCCCGAUAAAUCCUUCUUGGGAUCUGUGGUUCGAAGGACCACAAGACGAAUCUAGUUGUGGAUGCUGGAUACUCUGAUUCUUCUCGACUUAUUCAUCCAGACAUUUCGUCACCGAUUCGAGAGUCAAUUGUUGAUCGAAGCUGCUACCUUGUGGCGUACUGUCUAACAUUCAACUGUGAAAGGAAAUGGUGCAGGAACUUUAUUUUUUUUGGUUUUCAAAUUGUAGGGCAAAGAGAUUUGUUGCUUUGCUUAUGUUCAACUAAGUUGAACUAGGUUGGACUUCAUUUUAUGGUACAGUACAAGGUUGUCAGAAUAUUUGCUUUUGCUUAAAGGCUUUGAACUAUCCCAUUCUCAUAAUCUCUUUUUCUAUAGUUUAAGUGUUUAACAUUAUAAAUGCAUUUUGACA